AUGCAGAUGGAGACCGUGGUCCACAACAGAGCGAUCAGUCGGGCGGGCAAGAGCAGCCAGUGGCUUCAAGCGCUGCGAAUGGUUUCGGAGAUGCGGGCGAAGGAGGUGCGAUGCGACGUUAUCACUUUCAGUUCUCUCCUGAGCUCCUGUGAGAGGGCCAGCCAAUGGGAGUCGGCUUUGCUGGUCUUCAAGUGGAUGUCCGAGUCGGGCGUGCAACCCAACGUCGUGACGUACAGCGCAGCCAUCGCUGCGCUGGAGAAGUCUGGUCACUGGACUGCCGCUCUGGAGUUCAUGGCCGAGAUGAGGAGCACCCGAAUUGAGCCCAACACCAUCACCUACAACUCCUCCAUGAGCGCCUGCGAGAAAGCAGGCGAGUGGCAGCAGGCUUUGUCGCUUCUGUCCUCACUGCAAGAGGAUCAUCUUGAAGCUCAAGUCAUCUCCUUCAGCGCUGCCGUGAGUGCAUGCGAGAAAGGUGCCCAAUGGCAGCGGGCCCUGUACUUGCUGGCGUCAAUGCCGGAGCAGAGCUUGCGCCAGGAUGUUAUCUGCUUCAAUGCCGGAAUAAGCGCCUGCGAGAAGUGCGGGCAGUGGCAGCAAGCCAUCCUGCUACUGCGAUCCUUGCAUGGCGCGGCAAUACUCCCCACAGUCAACAGCUUCAACGCAGCCGUCGGUGCCUGUGCCCGUGCCGACGAGUGGCAGCACGCGCUGGCGCUUCUCGCGGAGAUCGAAGAGUCCAGAAAGCGCCCGACUGCCUACAGCUACGGCUCGGCCAUCGCAAGCUGCGUGGGAGGGCGCUGGACCGUGGCUCUGUCGCUCCUACGCCAAGCAGCGGCCGCCGCAGCUGUGGACGCCGUGGCCGUGGCGGCCGCGCAGGGCGGCGCGCUCGUGGCUGCCGGCCGCUGGCGGAUGGCUCUUGAGCUGCUGGCUGAGCUUCCUGCGCUGUCGCUUUCUCCCACGGUCUCGAACUUCAACGGGUGGGAAUAG